GUUCGAUGGUCGUGUGCUGUGUAUCGAGCGCCUUCAGAUCUUUAUAAAGCUCGUAGGGUUUGGCAUAUCGACUCCAGGCUGCUACAAUGACUUCGAGGCAGAUAGUCCCGAUUUUCCUUGCGGUUGCACUUUCAGGUCUUCUUGUUCCUUGGGCAUAUUAUCAUAGACCGCCCUUUGGACCCUUCAGCCAAUCUAGCACGAACGACGAGGAAGACGGCGAGGACAACGGCGAGGACGAUGGCGAGGAAGACAACACACCUAGUCAUGCACGCUCAACGGGAGAAGGGUCUAUGAAGCAUUACGUCCGCAGGGAGCAGAUCUGGGAUGAUGAAAUGGAUGAAUGGGUGCCGUUUGACCCCAGUUCAGUGAAGCAUCCCCCUGCCCCGACGCAGGCAGAUCCACAGGGGUACUUCUACCUGAACCUUCGGAGAGAGGCCCCUCUCAACAAACCGAAGACGGUGCUCAGUAGUUUCAGUGAUCACUUGAAGCAGUUGUUAAGAGGCGUAAUCGGAGAUGAAUUCUUCGAUACAUCUCCAGAAUAUGUAUUGGAGGAUUUCUUCCCCCACCUCAAAGAACUGGGGAAACGCAUGGAUGUUAUCCGCGCCCAGUUACUCAAGAAGGGCACUCUUGAAGAGAUACUGCCUUAAACGCUCGUUCUAUUGGUUUCGAAAAGAAAAAUACCGACGGGUAUAGCGGCCCUGUAGAGUUUCUCAGCACAGUCUUAAGACACGGUGAUAUCCUCAUUGGAUAUUUGAACCAGGAGUUCGAGCCCACUGGUGAACGAAUGGCCCUAUCUCUUCCAUUUGGUCAGAUUGAAUGGAGUCAUCUGAUAUUCUAUUU